AUGGCGCCCCCCAGUCCCCGAGAGUCCAAGGCCCAGUCUGCCACGAGCGCGGCCAAGUCUGCCGGGGAGAUGGUGCUGCCGGGCUUCCCAGACGCAGACAGCUUCGUGAAGUUUGCUCUUGGGGUAGUGGUGGCAGUCACCAAGGCGUCUGGAGGCCUACCGCAGUUUGGUGAUGAGUAUGAUUUUUACCGAAGUUUUCCUGGCUUCCAGGCAUUUUGUGAAACACAGGGAGACAGGUUGCUUCAGUGCAUGAGUAGGGUGAUGCAGUACCACGGGUGCCGAAGCAACAUUAAGGACCAGAGUAAAGUGACCGAGCUGGAGGACAAGUUUGAUUUACUGGUCGAUACCAACGAUGUUAUUCUGGAAAGAGUGGGCAUUUUACUGGACGAAGCAUCAGGCAUGAAUAAGAAUCAACAACCUGUCCUCCCUGCAGGGUUACAGGUCCCCAAAACCAUAGUGUCCAGCUGGAACCGGAAGGCAGGAGAAUAUAGCAAAAAAACAAAAUCUGAAACUUUCCGGCUGCUUCAUGCAAAGAACAUCAUCCGACCUCAGCUUAAGUUCCGAGAGAAGAUCGACAACUCUAACACACCAUUUCUUCCCAAAAUCUUCAUCAAGCCCAAUGCUCAGAAACCCCUCCCUCAGGCACUCUCCAAAGAAAGGCGGGAACGCCCACAAGACCGCCCAGAGGACUUGGAUGUGCCCCCUGCCCUGGCGGAUUUAAUCCAUCAGCAGAGAACCCAGCAGGUGGAGCAGGACAUGUUUGCACAUCCUUAUCAGUAUGAACUAGAUCACUUCACACCACCAGACUCAGUCCUUCAAAAGCCAGAGCCUCAGUUAUACAGACCUGUAGGAGAGACACCCUGCCACUUCGUGUCCACACUGGAUGAACUAGUGGAACUCAACGAAAAACUCCUCAAGUGUCAAGAAUUUGCUGUAGACUUAGAGCACCACUCUUACAGGAGCUUCCUGGGGCUCACCUGCCUGAUGCAGAUUUCCACCAGGACAGAAGACUUCAUUGUUGACACCCUGGAGCUUCGCAGUGACAUGUACAUUCUCAACGAGAGCCUCACAGACCCAGCUGUUGUUAAGGUCUUCCAUGGUGCCGAUUCAGACAUAGAAUGGCUCCAGAAGGACUUUGGGUUGUACGUGGUGAACAUGUUUGAUACUCACCAGGCAGCUCGCCUUCUUAACCUGGGCAGGCACUCCCUGGACCACCUCCUGAAGCUCUACUGCAACGUGGAGUCCAACAAGCAGUACCAGCUGGCCGACUGGCGGAUACGACCUCUGCCCGAGGAAAUGCUGAGCUACGCCCGAGAUGACACUCACUACCUGCUGUACAUCUAUGAUAAGAUGCGGCUAGAGCUGUGGGAGCGCGGCAAUGAGCAGCCUAUGCAGCUGCAGGUGGUGUGGCAACGCAGUCGAGACAUCUGCCUCAAGAAAUUCAUCAAACCCAUCUUCACAGACGAAUCUUACCUGGAACUCUAUAGGAAGCAGAAGAAGCAUCUGAACACACAGCAGUUGACGGCCUUUCAGCUGCUGUUUGCCUGGAGGGAUAAAACAGCUCGUCGGGAAGAUGAGAGUUACGGAUACGUCCUGCCAAACCACAUGAUGCUAAAGAUAGCUGAGGAGCUGCCCAAGGAACCUCAGGGCAUCAUUGCUUGCUGUAACCCUGUGCCUCCUCUCGUACGGCAGCAGAUCAACGAAAUGCACCUUCUGAUUCAGCAGGCGCGAGAGAUGCCUCUUCUCAAGUCUGAAGUCGCAGCAGGAGUGAGGAAGAGUGGGCCGCUGCCCAACCCUGAGAGAUUGGAGAAUGUUCUCUUUGGCCCCCAUGACUGCUCCCAUACCCCAUCAGAUGGCUACCCUCUCAUCCCAACCGACGGGCCUGCGCCGGUACAGAAACAGGAGGGCCUCCUCUCCGCGCAAGAAGACGAGGAGACCCUGCCAGACAUCAGAUGUCUCGUCGCUACCGCUGUCAUCACAUUAUUUAACGAACCUAGUGCUGAAGGAAAUGAAAAGAGUCCAUUAACAGUUGCACAGAAAAAAGCCCAGAACAUAAUGGAGUCCUUUGAAAAUCCAUUUCGGAUGUUUCUGCCUUCAGUAGAACACCGGGCUCACAUUUCUCAGUCAGCAAAGUUUGAUCCAUCAUCAAAAAUCUAUGAAAUCAGCAACCGUUGGAAGCUGGCAAGCCAGGUACAGGUACAAAGAGACCCUAAAGAAACUGCCAAGAAGAAGGCAGCUGAGCAUACAGUCACCCAGGACCAGGCCCAGGAGGAGUACAGGGCAGCCAUGGAGCAGGCCGUGUCCGUCCGCCAGCAGGCUGCCCUAGAGAAUGCUGCCAAGAAAAGAGAGCGGACGAUGAGUGACCCAAGGACGACAGAACAGAGGCAAGAGAAGAAACGCCUCAAAAUUUCCAAGAAGCCAAAAGAUCCACCAGAGAAAGACUUUACGCCCUAUGACUACAGCAAGUCAGAUUUCAAGGCUUUUGCUGGAAACGGCAAAUCCAAACCUUCUUCCCAGUUUGACCCAAGCAAGCAGCCCCAGUCAGGCAAGAAAUGCAUUGCAGCCAAAAAAAUUAAACAGUCAAUGGGAAACAAAAGCAUGUCCUUUCCAACUGGAAAGUCAGACAGAGGUUUCAGGCACAAUUGGCCAAAGAGAUAG